UCCAUUUCCCUGGUCGGUUUACGAUGUCUGAAAAUGCCAGGCAUCGAAAUUCGACGGCGAGGGGGGAAAGGACAGGAAUGACCAGCAGCGAGAUGUAUCUAAAUUUUAAGCGAACCAAAUUGUUAGAUAAAAGCAGCCGUUUCUCAUUGAACUAUGUGAACUACCAUUAUUUUCCCAAGGGGAAAACUGCACAAUCUCAGCUGGCAGAUACUCAGAUACAUGACAAAGAUGAGCCGGAAUCCAGAAGCCCAACAUCCGUGAGUGGGUGUAUGGGGAUAUGGGGGGGAUGUGGCACUAUUUCUCGGUUCUUCCCAUUUUUAUGGCAAUUCAAUUGCACCGCCAGCGACUUUUGUUUCCUGCCGCGAAGCGUUCCUCCCCCCGCCCCUUUCUCCGCCACACUGCAGGUUGCAACCGUAUGGCCAUACGUCGUUUUUGAAAAAGUGCCGAAAAUCAAUUGGAUAAUCCGACGAUCGACGCCCAAGGAAUCCAUCAGUACUCUUUAAACUCCAGACUCCAGACUGCAACUUCACUUGGCUGCAGACUGCAGAUUGAAGGGGCUGAUUUUUGGUGGAAAAUGGGCGCUUUUCCCGCCUGUCUGUUCCACCUUUCAACGGCCGGCGAGAGAUUUCGUCCGAAACUACAUUUUCCAGCCUGCCGAAUUAUCGGGGAAAUUAAUCUUUUCAAUCUUGAGUUUGCCCAGUGCCACAACACAACACAUGUGCCGAACUCAGCACGCAGACACUGAGAGAAAUAGGAACUACUUGCGUAAGGA